UCCAUCUCUCCCGCUGUCGCUCAGGCAGCGGCCGGGCGCCUGCGCGGAGCCGCCCCCUCGGCUGUCCGCGGGCGCCGCCGGUGUUUGCCGCGUCUGUGCGGAGCGGCUGGGGUGUUCCCUUCGCAGCCGGCCCGGGGGCCGUGGGCUAGUGCCGCUGCCAGGAGCCUCCAUGGGGCGGCGCAGGGAGCCGUGACUGACUCGCCCUUCCCCAGCCCGGAGCCCAGCCGCAGGAGGCGGCUGCGGAGAGAGGCAGAGAGGACCCCCCCGCUCCCCGGCCGGCAGCCCAUGAGCAGCGCGUCCCGCUCCCCACUUUCGGUCACCGGCGCAGGAAGGAGCGGAGCUCGGCCGCGGCUGCUCGUUUCCCGGCUCCCGGGCUCUGCCCUGGAUGGUGCCCGGCCCUGCCGCGCUUGGGGCUCCCGGACGGGGAUUGUAGCUCCCUAGCGCCGCUCCCUGCCUGCUGAUGUCGGCGUGGCUGAGCCGGGCGGCGCUGCUGCUGGGGCGGCCGGGGGGCCCCGCCGCCACCCCCUUCUGCCUGGGCUCCUUACGGGCCCCUCGCUGCUGCCGCCGCCUGGCCACCCUGCGCGGCGGGUCCGAGGGGCUGCGCCUUCCCCCGGCUUCGUCCUCCCCGGCCUCGGGGCUGGCGCCGCCCGGCCGCCCGCGGGCGCUGGGCACCCACCCCAAGAAGGAGCCGAUUGAGGCGCUGAACACGGCGCAAGGCGCCCGCGACUUCAUCUACAGCCUGCACUCCACCGAGCGGAGCUGCCUGCUGCGGGAGCUGCACCGCUUCGAGUCCAUCGCCAUCGCGCAAGAGAAGUUGGAAGUUGCACCACCAUCCCCAGGACAGCUGAAACAUGUGUUCUUCCACAAUGCAAUACCUUUUGUAGGGUUUGGAUUCUUGGAUAAUGCAAUUAUGAUUGCUGCGGGAACCCAAAUAGAAUUAUCGAUUGGAGUUGUCCUGGGAAUAACAACUAUGGCAGCUGCGGCUUUGGGAAAUCUUGUUUCAGAUUUAGCUGGACUUGGUCUUGCAGGCUAUGUUGAAGCUCUGGCUUCGAGAAUGGGCCUGUCAAUUCCUGAUCUGACACCCAAGCAAGCAGAUAUGUGGCAAACACGUCUCAGUGCACACCUGGGUAAAGCUAUUGGAGUGACCAUUGGCUGCCUUUUAGGAAUGUUUCCUUUGUUCUUCUUUGGAGAUGAAGAAAAAAAACUGGAAGAGAAAAAUUAACCUUUUUACAAUACAAAUAAAAAUGUAAACUAAUGUACCUCAAUUAUUCAAUUAUGCUGUCAGAAUAUUUAGGAAUUAACUGACAGUAACAAUGUAUAGACUUGGGAACAAAACAUUCAGCAUGUUUUAUGAGUACACUAAUUUAUUGUAGCUUUGUCUUAUUCAGUACAUCUUUUUAUAAGAUACCAUUUAGCUUUUUAUUUAAUGUAAAUUGUUGAAAUGUUUUCACUUAUAGUAGCAACUGACGUUUACCGAUUCCCUCUCACCUUCAUCCUGUAACAGGAUUAUUACUUAAUUGCCUGCUCUGGAUGUACUGUGCAGAUUUUGGGUUUCCGUGGCUGCUGCCUAACUUGUAAAUGCAUGCCAAAAAGGGUCCUUUUGCUGCUGCUCAGGUCCUCCAAUCCAGACUAUCAAUGGGGCCAGUUGGCGGGUGAUUUGGAAUGAGGUCAUAAAGCAUUCUUGCAGUUUUUUCCUUUGAGCCGCCAUUUCACAUUGCCUGAGGAUAGACCUGUUUCAGCUACCCCCCACUGUUUGGUUUGCACUCCUUCACAAUUCUAGCUAAUAUUGCCUGCAAGCCAUCCAUUACACGCCAUCACUUCUUGACGAGGUAAGUGUUUAUAGGUGGUGCCUUGUUACCAGGUUCUUCCUUCAGAGUUUAUACACAGUCACCCAUUUAUUUUUUUUCCUGAAGCAGUAUUUUGAGAAUCAAGUUUAAAGUUAGUUUGUGGAAUAUCCCUUCUUUCAUCUAACCCACCUACUCAAAUAAGUUACAGCACCUACUUCCAGUAAGCAUAACUUUCCUCUCUUUCUGAACUUUAACUAAACUCCAGGAAUUCCAGCUGAGCCCCAAUGGAGUAAUUAUGUGCUACUGGCAACUGGAUCAAAACAAUAAAACUGUUUUGUACAGAAUAGCAGAUAGGUUGAGAAGAGCUGUAGACAAGGGAGGGAUGUCUUAAGAUGAAAUUGGAAAAGGAGAGUUAUCUUUGAGAUGGUGAUACAGGAAGUCUCUUCCAGAUGAGUGCACAGGACAAAAAAUGAGGUUGCUCCCUUAUUGUUUUGAACACUUCGUGCAAAGGGUAUGAACCAGUGCUGUGUCCUGUCCAAGAAGGAUAUAACUUGAAGAUCGGUUUCAGUCAAAUUAAAUCAGAUUUCAGUGUGCCAACUCUGGACACUUUCCAGAUCUGCCAGUUCUACAUGUUUUCCUGUAGACUACAGAUUUUCAAACCAUUAUAUGGAUUUGUGGGGAAAACCUCAAAUAUAUGGGAAAUAGUCUUUGUUUGCUUGUCUUUUCCUAUUCAUCUGCAUCAUGGGGAAGGAGAGCCAAUUGGAGCUGCUACACAAGCUGAUGGAUAGUCUGGUCCUUCAGUCUGCGGAGCGCACAAGAACUGUGCUCCACUAUCUAUUAGCUGGGUAAGCAAAGGCUUGAGGGCUGGUGAAAUGCUCAGCUCUUUGGUCUUAGAACUGGCUGGGGAGUUGCUGCUUCCUGCCAGCUCUGCAGCUCCCCAUGUCCCCUUGACCUCCCCCAUCUGCCUACGUGCAUUUGCCCUCCCAUGAGUCUCUAGCCCCUGACAUCACCCUAUCCACUCUGGCCCCAGCUUUCCUCUUACCUUAGGAGUCUUCUGGGACGGGCCCUGAUGACCUGCCCCUCCCCUCCAUAGGUCUCAAUACGGUACCUGGCUGACUCCCUAUCUCUAGUCUUUGGGGACCUGCAAACAGUGAACCCAUUGCCUCCCAAAUCCCACAGAGUCCCACGGCCUUUAGAGGCAGGGACAUAGCCUCCCAGGCACUGAGCUCUGCUGACUUCAGGAGUAGCUCUACUCAGUGGGUGGGGUUUCCAUACCCCACUGUUGCUGGCAAACUCCUCCUAUGGGGGUGGAACUUUCUUCAGCAGCCAGGGCUGGAGCCAGCUGAGCUUAAUGCCUGCAGAGUCAGGGGGUGGAUUAGACAGUGUUCCCCCCCCCCCCCCCCCCGGCAGUCCCCCAAACACUGGAGAUAGUAGGUAGCCGGUCCUCCCAAAGGCACAUAGGUGUGGGAGGCCAUUACGGGGAGUAAUGGGGGAGAAAGGAAAAGAAUUAGGGAAUCAUAGGCCUGGGAUGUUUAUCAGGAGGGAUGGAACUUCCACGCUUGGAAUCCCCAUCCUUGCCCUGGGCUCUGUCUAUGAACGGUGAAGCCUAUGGUAUGCUUUCCCUCCUCUUGUGUAAUGUGGGAGCUGGCUUGGUAGAGGGUUUUGUGGGUGAUGGGAUGACUGCAUGGACUGCAUUGGGUAUGAGGUGCAAGGGUAUGUUUGUGUAUGUAAUGGGUGGGUGAGAUUGUUCAGCACAAGUGGGUGGAACAUACAUGGGUGUGUGAAGUGGGCAGGUGUGCAUGUAUAGUCGGAGGGUGUGGGGCUGCAUACAUAGAAUGAGUGGGUAUUGGGUGUGUAUGCAGAAUGACUGGAGUGAAUGGGGGGGGUUGGUGGAGGAGUGAGUUGUCUGGGUAGUAUAUGAGUAACGACGUUGGGUAGGAAGAUGGGAUGGAGUGAAAGUGGUGAGAGAUGAAUGCUAGUUGAGAUGUAUGGAAUGAAUGUAUGAAGUGGACAUGAGUAGAACAAAUGGAUACAUAUCUGAAUUUAUGCAUAUUUAUGCAUGUUCAUGCAACUAUAGCUAAAUUAAAAUCUACUGGGUUUUUUAUUUGCAAAUGUUUGCAGGUAUGGUUUCCUCAUUUAGAAACUCAAUCUGGUGGUCUCAAUCUUUCUGUUGAAAGCUAUCUUAAGAUGAAUGAGUGCUCAUGUCAAAAAUGCUUAACAGGUGGUUUCUCUGAUAGUCAAAUUGGGGAAAAAAAUCAGUCUGGAUUAGUGGAUCUGAUUUGCAGAAUAUAAUUCACAGUUAAAACUAGACCUUUGUUUAUUACUUUAGCUGUGAAGGCAUUUAUUGGAAAAGCAGAUUUGUGGGUUUUUUCCUUUUUUUGCCUUAUUAAUUUUACUUAUUUGCAUCCCUGUAUAAUCUUUUAUGUUUCUUGGUGAGUGAUGAGUUAUAGUUGCAAUUACCAUAUUAAAUAUUUUUAAUAUUUCAGUAUAUGACCCAUCUGUACUGUAAUCAUAAAUUCCUAAUAGUUGCUUACAAAGAAGAGGAUCCUCUCUAUGUACAAUAUGGAAGAAGAUCCCAAAAGCAGGGUAGAGCUAGGGCACUUUAUUUUGGCAGCUCUGCAUCCUUAGAUGAGUUUUUCUAAUCUGUGCAAAGAUAGUAACAAUUACCUUAAAUCCCAUGAAACUAAGUGUUUUGUUUGCUGUUGGAAAGACUUUAUUAUUGCAGCCCUUAUUUGUUUAACGUGUUUGAUUAGCAGCUCGCCUCCUUGGUGGUAAAACUCAUCUCCCUCUUGACCACUUCCAGAGGCCCUGCCACAGCAGUACCAGCCCUUUAAUCCUAAUGGAUGAAGAAGGAACCAAGAAAUUCUAUCAACUUGUUAAUAAGCUUUGAGAUAGUACUGAUAAAGCUGUGUCUCAAAAUUGCACUUCCCAGAUAAAGAUGACUUUUCAUAAACUUUCUGUUAGUAUCCCCUUAAUCUGUAGUAUCAAUUCAAAUGUCCCUUGUUAGGAUAGUAUAAUCUUCCUUCCAGUAUAAGUUUGUGUUUUCUGUGGUGCUUGGAUGCUUUAAAAUUGAUCACCUAGUAGUAGUUGUCUUGUCUGGAAAGGACACUUUGAUUUUCUUCCUCUGCAUAUGUAUUCAGUUCGCAAGAAGCUUUUCUUCUUUUGACUACUGUUCUUUCCUAUUUUUUUUCUUUACAAAGCUAUAAUUAGUCCCUUUUAUUUAUUAUUUUUUUUAAGAUGGAGAACACAUAAAAUGCAUUUUGGAUAGCAGUCAAAUUAAUAUUUAUCAAAGUGUAACAUGUUGCUGAAGAUAAGUACCAUACUCUAACGUAUGGUACUUUGCACGGAGUAGUUUCAGCAGUGUUUCCCAUUACAAUACUGGUAUUGAAAUUUUUAGGCAAUAUUCAAGCUUCUGUACUUCACUGACUGAUUAAAAUUGGAACACUAACUUCAUUCUCAUUAUUUUUGAGAGCUUGCAAGAACAAAUACGUAGCUAAAUUCAGCUGUUGUAGUAGUGGUCAUUUAAAAAUGACAAUAUUAAGUCCAUGUACCAUUGUUUAUUACCUUGUGCAUGUAAAUUGAGUGCAUUUUGUUGAUACUGUAUGGUAAACUAUUGUUCUGCAACCAAUGUUUUUAACAAAAAAAGAUGAACUAAAAGAUCUUCAAAGAAGUUAAUGUGAUUUUGUUUUAAAACUACUGAGCUGGCCAUGAAAAAUUAUAAUGGGCAGGCAACACCGUGGUUGGAAAUAGUCUUGGGUGUCUCAGACCAGCCGUGGACAGGGAGAUCGUGAAGGUGACCCCCUAAAUCUCCCAGGAUUUGGGAAAGAAAUAGUUAAAACUGUGGGUGAAAUCCUGCCACCUUUGUCACCAGUGGGGAAGCUCUCACGGUUUUCAGUGGGGCUAGAUGUCACCAUGUAUGUGGGAUGGCUCAACAAGGCUACAGGAUUAACCCUUGUGUACCUCAGUAGUGAGAAAAUAGGGAUUUGUGCCUAUUCAGUAUUGUGAAUCUCUCAGCAUGUGUUUUUAGUAAAUGACCAAUGCCAAUCCUGAGUGCUCUGGCUCUGUUCUUAAAAACACAGAUUUGAAAAGACCAAGCAUAUAACAAGAACUACCAUGUUGUCCGUACAAGUUUUUUAAGAGACUUUGUUCUUACUCCAUUCAUUUAUUUCUAUCAGUUUUGUACUGUAUGUAAAAUGGGCCUUUAACAUUAAAACUUGGUAGACGUGAAAUUGUUUUUAUAUUCUGAAA